GGGAGGGCGUGAGGGAUUAUCCAAGGGAGGGGUCGAGUAUCGCAACACAGGACAAGUUGCGGUCCUCUUCUCAACUCGCAGGGCGGGAGGAUGGAGACAGGGAUGCGGCGGGAGGACGGGAUGGCGGGACAGCCCAGCUGCAGCCGAGGAGUCGAACCGGGGUCUGGGGAGCUCACCCGCCCGUCCGCCGCAAUCCCCGCCCCGCGCGGCGCCGCGCACGCCUGAAGUCAGCGCCUGAGGCCCCGCCCCCUCGCAGCCCCAGCCCGGGCUCUGGCUCAGCAGGCGGAGGGGGCGGAGAUAACCCGCAGCUGCAACUUCGCCUGGAGCCUUUGAGCCUGGGCUCAGCCGGGAUCUAGCAGCCGUCACCGCCGAGUCGCUGAUUCCCGGGGGCCUCAGCCCAGCCGGCUUGGCCAUGGCAGCCGCCGCCACUGCGGAGAAUCUGGCCCCGACGCUCCCCGCCCGUCGCUGAGCAGCCGUUAAGCAGCCACCCGCCGUUCCUCCAGUCCGUGCCGCCGAGGCCCACGCUCCGGGCAAGUUUCCGCCGCCGGAGAAGCAGGAGGACGGACGUGAGGAGUCGGGUGUCCCCAGCCCUCUCGCCCGCGAUGUGGGGGCGCUUCCUGGCCCCGGAGGCCUGCGGCCGAGACAGCCCCGGCGGAGCACGCAGCUUCCCUGCCGGCCCAGAUUAUUCAUCAGUAUGGCUACCUGGUAAUGAAUCAUUGUGGCAGGCCACAACUGUUCCAUCUAACCAUCGAAGUAACCAUAUCAGGAGACACAGUAUAGCUUCUGACAGUGGAGACACUGGCAUUGGAACUUCCUGUUCUGAUAGUGUGGAAGAUCAUUCAACUUCAAGUGGCACAUUAUCUUUUAAGCCUAGUCAAUCACUGGUUACUCUUCCUACUGCCCAUGUGAUGCCGUCUAACUCCAGCGCUUCAAUUUCCAAACUUAGGGAAUCAUUGACACGAGAUGGCUCAAAAUGGAGUACAAGCCUCAUGCAAACAUUGGGAAAGCACAGUAGUGGGGAGCAGGACUCUUCACUAGACAUGAAGGACUUCCGCCCACUUCGGAAAUGGUCAUCUUUAUCCAAACUCACUGCCCUGGAUAACUGUGUCCAGGGUAGCACUGUUUGCAGAGAAGAGUCAAGGAAUGGUUUGGAAAAGACAGGGAGGGCUAAGGCUUUAAUAUCACAACUGAGGACAGCUGGGCCUAGCUGUUUACAUGACAGUAUGGAGAUGCUUAAGUUAGAGGACAAGGAUAUAAAUAAAAAACGGUCAUCAACUUUAGACUGCAAAUAUAAAUUUGAGAGCUGUAGCAAGGAGGACUUCAGAGCCUCUUCCUCUACUCUGAGGAGACAGACUGUAGACAUGACAUAUAGUGCCUUACCUGAAAGCAAGCCCAUUAUGACAAGCUCAGAGGCCUUUGAACCUCCAAAAUAUUUAAUGCUUGGUCAACAAUCAGUAGGUGGAGUUCCCAUUCAGCCUUCUGUAAGGACUCAGAUGUGGCUUACAGAGCAGCUGCGGACAAAUCCUUUGGAAGGUAGAACUACAGAAGAUUCUUACAGUUUAGCUCCUUGGCAACAGCAGCAAAUUGAAGAGUUUCAGCAAGGAAGUGAAACACCAAUGCAGGUUUUAACUGGAUCAUCUCGUCAAAGUUAUUCACCUUCUGGCUAUCAGGAUUUCAGUAAGUGGGAAUCAAUGUUGAAAAUAAAAGAAGGACUUCUAAGGCAGAAAGAAAUUGUAAUUGAUCGGCAGAAGCAACAAAUUACCCACCUGCAUGAGAGGAUAAGGGAUAAUGAAUUAUGGGCUCAACAUGCCAUGUUAGGACAUUAUAUAAAUUGUGAGGAUUCUUAUGUGCCUAGUUUGGAGCCACAAUAUGAGAACACUUCACUCCAGACACCAUUUUCAGAGAAAUCAGUUUCCCAUUCCCAACAAGGGGAAUUUGAGCAAAAGCGUACAUCUACUGAGAAAGAAGUUUUACAGCUUAAUGAGUUUCUCAAACAAAAACUAAGCCUAUUUAGUGAAGAGAAGAAGAAACUGGAAGAAAAGCUUAAAACUAGAGAUCGAUACAUCAGUAGCCUGAAAAAGAAGUGCCAGAAGGAAUCUGAACAAAACAAAGAAAAGCAGAGAAGAAUUGAGACCCUGGAAAAGUACCUGGCUGAUCUUCCAACUCUAGAUGAUGUGCAGAGUCAAAGUCUACAGCUGCAGAUUCUAGAAGAAAAAAAUAAGAAUUUACAAGAGGCUUUGAUAGAUACAGAAAAAAAACUUGAAGAAAUCAAAAACCAGUGUCAAGAUAAAGAGACACAGUUAAUAUGCCAGAAAAAGAAAGAAAAGGAGUUAGUAACUACCGUUCAAAGUUUGCAACAAAAAGUAGAAAGAUGCCUUGAAGAUGGAAUCCGCCUUCCCAUGUUAGAUGCAAAACAGCUUCAGAAUGAAAACGAUAAUCUCAGACAACAAAAUGAGACUGCUAGUAAGAUAAUAGACAGCCAACAAGAUGAGAUUGACAGAAUGAUUUUAGAAAUUCAGUCUAUGCAAGGAAAGCUUUCUAAAGAGAAAGUGACCACUCAAAAGAUGAUGGAAGAGCUGGAAAAGAAAGAAAGAAACCUACAGAGAUUAACAAAAGCAUUGCUUGAAAACCAAAGACAAACAGAUGAGACAUGCUCUUUAUUCGAUCAGGGCCAGGAAGCUGACCAAUCUAGGCAGCAGACAGUUCUUUCCAAAUGGCCACUAUUUGAUUUGACUGUGAUUGAUCAGCUGUUCAAGGAAAUGUCCUGUUGUUUGUUUGACUUGAAAGCAUUGUGUAGUGUUCUUAAUCAGCGUGCUCAAGGCAAGGAGCCUAAUCUUUCAUUAUUACUGGGAAUAAGAUCAAUGAACUGUUCAGCUGAAGAGACUGAGAAUGACCACAGUGCAGAAACACUCACUAAGAAACUGUCAGAUGUGUGCCAGUUACGAAGAGACAUUGAUGAAUUAAGGACUACAAUAUCAGACCGCUAUGCUCAGGACAUGGGAGACAACUGCGUUACUCAGUGAUCAAGUAUUAGUCCCACAGCAAUAAUGACCCAUUGUUAAAUGCUGCUGUGUUAUGGAGCCAUAAUGGAAGGUUUCAAGUGACGUGACUUGCACAUAAGGAUUUUUUUCUGUGGAUUUGUUUUAUUGAAGCGGUAAAGGAAUGUGAAGAGGGUUUGAAGGGGCUUAUCUAAUCGGGAAAAAAAAAUCAAA